ACUGCCCUUCCUAGUUUAAGUCGACUUACAAAUUCCAUUAUAUUGUGCUGCUAUAUAUAUUCGUGAUUGAUCAAUCAUUAAAAGAAAACUUUGAACAAUAUUUGUCAGAAGUCAUCUUCCUUCCACAGUAAAUUACGCCACCCCGCGCCGCCGCCGCCGUUUGUUUCCAUCGUCCGAAAAUAUCUGUCAAAGUUCAUUCCCAGUUUCAGAAAAUAAGUGUAGUGAUUCGAGUAUGGCGCAAAAAGUGGCUGUAUUGAAAUUAAAGAUGAUGGUGGAUGUAAAAGCAAAGAAGGUCGUUUUUGCAGAAAGUGGGAAAGAAUUUGUAGAUUUUCUCUUUGAUAUAAUGAAUCUUCCGCUUGCAACUGUUGUGAAACUUCUGAAUGCAAAAGACAUGGUUGGUUGCCUUGGAGAACUCUACAAAAGUAUCGAAACGUUGGACACAGGGUACUUUGAGGGCAAUCAAAACAAAGAUUCAGUACUUAAACCAAGUACUGCUGUUGUUGUUCCAUUGUUGUCAUUGAAAGAAUUCCCAACUACCAUAAAAUAUUCCAAGUGUAAGGUACCAGCACAUAAAUGUAUAAGUGAUUACCCAAGCGCUAUUUGCCCGGUGUGUAGGUCAGAAAUGUCUGAAUCGAGCUUCACAUACGUAACCCCAAAAACAUCAUCCUCCAACACAUAUGUCAAGGGUCCAGCAACAUAUAUGGUGAUGGAUAAUUUAGCUGUCAAACCCAUGUCUAUCGCUCUCAUCAAGUCGCACGUUGAGGAUUUCGAUAAGUUGGAAGAAAAAGAAGUUCAAGUUGGUCUUCAGGAGGGAUUAGCAAUAUUGAAGGCCUCCUUCGAGACGGACAUGGUGCUGACUAAUGUCUUUCUCGGAAAGAAGAUAAAGGGCUGCAAGCCUUCGAGUUCCUAGCAUUCUCUGAUUAUCAGUUAACUUGGACUGAAGUUGCAUUUUGGUUUCCUAGUGCGUAUCAUCUUUUCUUGAGUAUUUCUUUUUUGAGGGAGAUGUAGUGUACUCUGUAUGUUUUAAUGUUGCCUAUACCUGAAUCAGUCUUUUAGGAUUGUAGGGUGCUUUCGUAAUGCAGUUCCAACACUAUCAGCACUCUGUUAUGAAUGAGAAGUCUGUUAUUUUCGUCUUUUGUA